AAGAGAAUUCUUCCUCUGGUACUAUUCAACAGCAGCAGGUUUACACCCACUAGAGGAGAAAGCUUGGAAGACUAAAGACUUCAGGGAACACCCUUUUCCAUUUCAACCCAAGGGGCCCAUUCCUUCCUUAAUAUGGAAAAAAAAUCAAGUAUGCUCCGUGUUCUUGGAGGCAGAGAGAGAAGUCCCUUCCCUAAAUUUACAAUGCAUCCAAGGUUUUGACUAGAUAAAGGCAAAAAAUCAGCAGUUAGUGUCUAGUAGCCUACAAGAGAACGCAUUUGAGGAAAGAUAUUGAAAAGCUGGAAUACAUCUAGAGAAUAGCUACAUGGAUGAGAAAGGGAUUCAAAGUCAUACUGUGAAUAGAAAGAUUGAAACUCCUACAAAUGUUUAGCGUAAAGAAGAAACUACUGGGGGGAAAGAGUGCCGAUGGCAGGAAAUUUCUGCUUGUGUCAUCUUUGAUGGAAAGCUGUCUCCUGUGGAAGUUUUAUGAGUCCAGAGCCUAAAGGAAUAAUGAAAUCUCAAGAGGGCCAUCCCUGUGCUAGCUGCUCAGAAUGGUUGCCAUCCAUUUUCAAUCUGGGGGGAAGGAAGAAGGAGCCAAGUAGUUAUUUCUGAACUUGAACUCACCUUUAAAUAACUGAGUAUGAAGUUUAUGGAAAAAGAUAAUGGCCUCUCCAAAAGGUCCUCAUCUCAGUUUACAGAUUUGUUUCUGGAAAAAACAAAAAGGGGGAAACCCGAAGUUAGUGAAAAAACUAAAGAUGAUGCCUCUGUACCCGUCAAAAGAAGAAAGAUCGUUUUUGAACCCCCUAAAACUGCUACCAACUCUGGUCUCUUAAGAAAUAUUGAAAAUAAAAAAAUAUGGAACACAUAUCAGUCAGCUCUGUCACAGUCUAAGUCAACACCAUCAAAAAUACCAUUAUUUAUGAAUGAAAAACCCUCCCCUCCCUGGGAAGACGAGGGAAAAACGGAGGAAGAAUGUCUACUUGAUUCUUUAAGAAAAAUGGUUAAUGAAAACCAAGAGCUAAGGAAAGAAAAUGAAGAAUUGAAGCAAUUAAUUAAAGAAAUGAAGAAUUCUUUCCUACAUAGGUUAUUUACUCCAGACAUCCAUAUGACGACAAUAGACUAUCUACAGCAACUUUUGAGCCAUUUGGAAAAAACAGCUCCAACGAAUAUUUAUUCUUCAUUCCUAAGAGAUGACUUGAAUCUUCAGGAUAAAAAUACAAAACCUUUGAUUAUAGAUCCUCGGGAUCCAGAUAAAUACUCCAAAGUGCUGGUGGACCAACUUAAAGUAUCUUCUGUAGUGAAGAAGGCAAAGCAGCAGAAAUAUUAUCGAGUAGCCUGCUUGUUAAAUGGACUUAUUGAUAUCUUGUUCAGUCCUGAGGAGCUGGCAAGUUCCCGUCAAUCAAGCCUGAAAGGGGAGUUUCCGAAAAAGAAAGAAGAUAAACUAGAAAAAGUUAAAAUUUUAGCUUGUGAAGAAUUUAUCAAGCAAACUUGCAAUAAGGAAGGGUGGAAGGAACCAAGCCAAAGGGAGUUCCAAAAAAUUUUCACAGCCAAGAUAGACAAUGCCCGUUGGAAUAUAAGACACGCCAUGCAAAAAGCUGCCUGAAGAUGUGCCCUUCUUUCUUCUCACCAUUCUACUAUGUAAUACUUUGGCUCAAAGGAAAGUCAGACAAUUAAAUAAGGGAAGUGCUGUAA